GUUGCCGCCGUUCUGUCUUUAGCUUCACGAUGCUUCCCUUGGCCAAAAACGCACUAAGUCGUCUCGGAGUUCGAAGCAUUCAGCAAACAAUGGCAAGGCAGAACCACCCGAAGCGGGCACCUGAUUUCCAUGACAAAUAUGGUAAUGCUGUAUUAGCCAGUGGAGCCACUUUCCGUGUUGCUGUAUGGGCAUAUACAGCAACACAAAUUGGGAUAGAAUGGAAGCUGUCCCCUGUUUGCAAAGUCACCCCAAAGGAAUGGAGAGAACAGUAAUCAUCCCAGCUGGUUUAAUACUGAAUUGUUUCAAAAUCAACUCAUAAUUG